ACAAAAACAUUUCCAGCACCAUUUUGCAUUAUUUAUCUUAGAAUAUCAAUUUGGGACUACUUUUUCUUCGUUGUGUGUUUUGGUAGUUUUUAAGCAGUUUAUAUUAUUAGCAUGACUAUUUUUACUCUGUAUACUAACUCCAUUUAGAUAUAUACGGAGUAACAAAAAUUUAAAGGAAUUCCAUUGAGAAAGGGAUCGAUCGAGAGUGGAGAGUCGAGACUAAUAAGUGAAAGAAUGAAGUGGAAAAAGGAGAUGCUAGAUUUGAUCUUGGUACCAGCAGGGCUGUUCUUGAUGUUUGGGUACCAUAUAUUCCUGGUAUACAGAUACCUCAGAAAUUAUACGUGUACAGUGCUUGGCUUUCAUAAUCACUGCCAGAAAGUAUGGGUUAAGAAGCUUAUGCAGAUUGGUGCAAUGAGUAGAGGUCCAGCCUUUACAGUAAUGAACAGCACAAUAGUAGCAUCAAAUUUCAUGGCAUCCACCUCUUUAACCCUGAGCUCCUUGAUUGGUGCAUGGAUCGGAAGCUCUUCGAGCAGUGAAAUAAUCAAGAGAAUAAUCUAUGGAGAUGCUGGACUACCAAUUACUUCCAUCAAAUACAUCAGCAUCCUCUUGUUUUUCUUGCUUGCUUUCGCGUCUUUCAUUCAAUCCUCGAGGUGUUAUGUGCAGGCCAAUCUCUUCUUAAGUAUGCCAAAGGCGGCAGUCCCUGAAGACUUCAUUGUCGAGGCCUUGGUACAUGGUGCAAAUUUCUGGCAGGUCGGUUUGAGGGCAAUUUAUUUCGCCAUAACAAUGUUGAUGUGGAUAUUCGGCCCAAUUCCUAUGUUUCUUUCCUCUGCUGCAAUGGUGGCGGUUUUGUAUGUUCUUGAUGUUAAUAAUAAGAUACUGGAUGAUUUUAAUGAGUCAAGUGAGAAAGAAGAAGAGCGAAACGAAGCUGUGGUAGGGGGUUGUGAGAAACAGGAAAUAUUAGAUGAUGGUAGUUCUGAACUCCAAGCAGCAGCUGCACUUACCACAGCACUACUGUCUACUGCGUUUGCUUCGCUAUAAAUAUAAUAAUCCUUUUUUCUUCA